AUGGGAAUGGUGCUUUCUACGGGUGUGGUCUUUUUCUCAACAUUGACACUCCAUUCAACCUCUAUCCCGGCUGCUUUUUGGUGGGCCAUUGUCACAAUGACAACUGUUGGUUACGGUGAUUACGUACCCGUAACAAUCCCCGGUAAAUUAACUGCCUCUGGGCUACUAUUUCUGGGGUGUUCGGAUUGGCACUUCCCAUCACCAACAUCGUCGACAACUUUA